AUGGUCCUGGUCAUGAAACUUCUGUUCCUCACCUGCCUGUGGCCAACAGCAGUGCUACCCAGUUCUCAAAGUCAGCAUCGCCAUCUUCAUCAUCGGCAACAAUUCUCAUUCUUAAGAAAGCAUAACAGCAAACGAGAAAUUAAGAUGCGAAAACUUGACAGCACGAAAGUACGGCCACUUAAAUCUGAGCAGCUUCUUCGCAUAGAGGACCAUGACUUUGCACUGAGGCCUGGAUUUGGAGGGUCUCCAAUACCUGUGGGCAUUGAUGUGCAGGUAGAAAGCAUUGACAGCAUAUCUGAAGUUGACAUGGACUUCACAAUGACUUUAUAUCUCAGACAUUACUGGAAGGAUGAGAGACUUUCAUUUCAUAGUAACAAAAACAAAAGUAUGACUUUUGAUGGAAGACUGAUAAAAAAGAUCUGGGUACCUGAUGUAUUUUUUGUACACUCCAAAAGAUCUUUCAUCCAUGAUACAACUGUGGAAAAUGUCAUGCUCCGAGUCUACCCUGAUGGCAACGUACUCUUCAGUCUACGAAUAACAGUUUCUGCUAUGUGUUUCAUGGAUUUCAGUAGGUUUCCUCUGGACACGCAGAACUGUUCUUUAGAACUGGAAAGUUAUGCAUACAAUGAAGAUGACCUGAUGUUAUACUGGAAACAUGGAAACAAGUCCCUGAGCACAGACGAGCACAUCUCCCUCUCCCAGUUUUUCAUUGAAGAAUUCAGUGCUUCCAGUGGGCUAGCUUUCUACAGCAGUACUGGUUGGUACAAUCGACUUUUUAUAAACUUUGCACUCCGGAGACAUAUUUUCUUUUUUGUGCUACAAUCCUAUUUCCCAGCCAUGCUGAUGGUGAUGCUGUCCUGGGUUUCAUUUUGGAUUGACAGAAGAGCCGUUCCUGCCAGGGUAUCACUAGGUAUAACUACAGUGCUGACAAUGUCAACCAUCAUGACAGGAGUAAGUGCCUCAAUGCCUCAGGUGUCUUAUAUAAAGGCUGUGGAUGUGUAUUUAUGGAUCAGCUUCCUUUUUGUCUUCCUGUCUGUCAUCGAAUAUGCGGCCGUGAACUAUCUCACCACAAUUGAAGAGAGAAAGCAGCUCAAAAAAAGGGGCAAGGCUUCAGGAAUGUAUAGUAUUGAUGCAGUGCAAGCAAUGGCUUUCGACGGCUGCUUUCAUGACACGGAUGUGGACAUGGACCUGACUGCUUUCUCAGACCGCUGUGAAGAGAACGAGACUCGGGCACGCGCAGCCAGCGUCUCCAAUGUGGACACGACUCGCAUAAAGAGGAAGAGAUCUCUGAAGGGAAACGUGGGCAGGAUUAUUUUACAGAACAAUCAUGUUAUUGACACAUAUUCCAGGAUUAUAUUUCCCAGUGUGUAUAUUGUGUUCAACUUUUUUUACUGGGGUUUGUACAUAUGA